AUGCAGGGGCCAGAACUGCGUGCUCCAUGUAACCAGCUACUUGCACACUGGUGUGCUGAGGGGGAUCUGUGUUGGGGUGGUACAUGCCAGAGUUCUGCUCUCCCAGCCCUGAUUCAUCCUCCAGCCCCUCAUUUGCAGCCAUCAUUGGAUAUUAAGCCUUUUCUACCCUUUCCUCUUGAUACUGCAGCAGCAGUCAACCUGUUUCCCAAUUUUAAUGCGAUGGACCCUAUUCAGAAAGCUGUAAUUAACCAUACAUUUGGGUUUCCUCUUCCUCAUCGGAAAAAGCAAAUCAUCUCAUGCAACAUUUGCCAGUUGAGAUUUAAUUCAGAUAGCCAGGCUGCGGCUCAUUACAAAGGCAUGAAACAUGCCAAGAAGCUCAAAGCACUGGAAGCUAUGAAAAAUAAGCAGAAAUCUGUCACUGCCAAGGACAGCGCAAAGACUACCUUCACCUCCAUCACUACAAAUCCCAUCACCAACUCUGACGAAACAGACAGUACCGCAGAGACACAAGUAAUUCCAAGAAGUGUUGAAAUGCGCAAGAGCAGUGCAGUAACAACUAAGAUCACCUCUAAAGUGGAAAAAAGCCUCACAGCAGCAGCAACCACUGGCAACAAUUCAAUUCCUUCCACAGAGACUGAGGAAGAAAAGGCAAAGAGGCUGCUUUACUGUUCCCUAUGCAAGGUGGCUGUGAACUCUGCCUCCCAGCUGGAGGCUCACAAUAGUGGUACUAAACACAAAACCAUGCUAGAAGCCCGCAAUGGAAGUGGAACUAUCAAGGCCUUUCCUAGGGCAGGAAUGAAGGGCAAAGGUCCUGUCAAUAAGGGAAGCACUGGGCUCCAAAACAAAACAUUUCACUGCGAAACAUGUGAUGUUCAUGUGAACUCGGAAACACAACUCAAACAGCAUAUUAGCAGUAGAAGGCACAAAGACAGAGCUGCUGGGAAGCCCCCGAAACCUAAGUACAGCCCCUACAGCAAACUGCAGAAGGCAACAAAUCCACUGGGGGUAAAAUUGGUAUUUUCCAAAGAACCUUCAAAGCCACUGGCUCCCAGAAUUCUCCCAAACCCACUGGCAGCUGCGGCAGCUGCAGCUGCUGUGGCAGUGAAUUCGCCCUUCAGUCUUCGAACUGCUCCAGCAGCCACCCUCUUCCAGACCCCUGCACUUUCUCCAGCCCUUCUGAGGCCAGCUCCUGGGCCCAUUCGGAGGACCCACACUCCUGUGCUCUUUGCUCCUUACUGA